AAAUAAAACAUCGAUCGGCCGGCCGCCUUUCGUUUCCUUCUCGCCGCGAUCGUCGCGAGCAACGACGCCAGAGCAACGGAAGGAAGAACCGUUCUCCCUUUUGCUCUCUUCUCUUCUCUGCCGUCUACCGUCUUCUCUCUCCCUCCCUUCCUCUCUACCUCUCCCCUUCUCGCUCUCGCUCUCACGCACGAGUGCUCUCAACCGUAGGAACUCCACGAGGGAUGCACGAAUGUCAUUUCCACGCACGUCGACCGCGUAGCCGCGUCCACUUUUAGGCACAUCACAACCGAUCCCGGCGCGUCGCGGCGAGGCACCAGCGCGAGUGCCGGCGAGCCCAAGAAUCGCGUCGCGGCCUCGCCGACAUCAUAGUCGUCACCGGUGCGGAGCAACGAUCCGGAGGGGGAAGGGGGCGUUCUCUCACGCUCUCUCUCUCUCUCUCUCUCUCUCCCCCUCCCUUUCUCGUUCUCUCCUUCUGUCCUCGUGGAUUCUUGCAGUGGUCGUUCUCGGUCGGUCUCGGUCUUGUUCUCCCGGUCUCCUCGCGCGAGUCCACUCCAGUCCACUCCGCCGGACGAUCACGACGAAGUACGGAGGUAGACGCGGGCCGCGUCAAGACGCGAUCAGCGACGGGGAAGCACAGUACUACUUCCCUCGAGAUUCCGCGCGAGCAUUAUACAUAUCGCAUAUGUAUGAAUUGACGCCAGCUAAACGUUGAUCCGAGUGUGGGACUGUGUUGUCAGUGUUGACCUUUGCCAGUGAUCCUAGUGUCCGCGAUGCCGCGAAAGAGACAGCAGCAGCAGCACCAACGACAUGCUCGCCCUAUAGGCGAGGACACACGAAUCGCGGUCAACUUGACUAUAAAAAAGUUGUUGGAUGCUCCGGAUCAGAAAGAGUUGGAGUUUCCUUCGUCGUACACAGCGGAUGAGCGGGCAUACAUCCAUGAAUUGGCUAGAGAGCUUGGUCUGAAGUCGAAGAGUCGAGGGAAAGGUACAAAUCGAUUUUUGACAGUGUACAAAAGAGAAGGUUCCACAAUAGUUCAAGCUGAUGCUGUGAUAAAAUUGCAGAAGCCUUCGAAGCAGGGUAUAUAUAAUUUGAUGCAGACCUUCCCUUUGAAUCACAAGGAAUGCCAGGAUCUGCUUCCUCCAAUUGAGAGAGAACGCCCUCUCAAUAAUGAUGUAAAUACAAAUACAAAGGCGAUGGGCAGACUGAACAACAGCAUACCACAAGUACCUCAGUUGAAAACCAAUUAUGAUGUGCUGCACUUUCGCAAAUCUCUGCCAAUUUUUAAUGCAAGGGAGGAAAUUCUCAGUGCGCUGAGCAAUCAUCAGGUGAUCAUAAUCGCGGGUGAAACAGGAUGCGGCAAAACCACGCAGGUGCCGCAAUACAUCUUGGAACAUUAUCAGCAGAAGCAUCAACCUUGUAGGAUCAUUUGCACACAACCCAGACGCCUGUCGGCGGUAUCUGUGGCCGAGAGAGUGGCGUUUGAGCGAGAUGAGAAGAUCGGUCAGACUUUUGGUUACCAAAUACGAUUGGAGAGCAGAGUGGCUCCUAAAACCCUUCUGACGUAUUGCACAAAUGGAGUACUGCUCCGGACUUUAAUGGGUGGCGACUCUGCCUUGACUACGCUUACGCAUAUCAUUGUUGAUGAAGUUCAUGAACGGGACAGAUUCUGUGAUUUCCUUCUAAUAGCCCUGAAGGAUGCGUUAGUCAAAUAUCGUUCCUUGAAGCUGAUCCUUAUGAGUGCUACGAUGGACACCACUAUUUUUGCCAAAUAUUUUAAUAAAUGCGUCGUAAUAAAUGUGCCCGGCCGAUCAUACGACGUGGACGUAUACUUUUUGGAAGAUGUGUUGAAAAUGACCGGUUACAUGACGAAAGAGAUGCUUGUAAAGAAGAAGGAGUUUUUGAAGUGGAAAGACAAACAGAAAACCUUGGAGUCUUGGAAGCAGUACAAGCCUCAGGUCCCAAAUAGAAAUACCAAGAACGAAAAGAGUCUGCUGCCCGCUCCGAUUUUAGCCCAGCAAAGCGAUCCUAUACCGGAAAGAGUUAAGCUGGAACCUUGGUUGAUAGAGGAAAUGGACAAGAGCGUUUUCGAUGCAUGGGUAAACGGUAGGGAGGAUAAUUUUGCGCAACUUUUACAUUUUAUAUUAUCCGAAAACGUUUCUGUAGAUUAUCAACAUUCGGAAACUUCUAUAACGCCAUUGAUGGCCGCCGCGGCCAGAGGCUGCAUAAAUACGACCGAACAACUUCUGAAUUUGGGCGCGAAUCUCAAUUUAAGAUCCGCCAAUGAUUGGACCGCGUUAGAAUGGGCGAAGAGCAGGAAUCACACCGAAUGUGCCGAACUGAUCGAGGCUUACAUGAAGACUUACGAUUGCAUGGUACCGAAUAACGAGCUAGCACAUGUCGCGGAAACGUCGCUCUCCGAAGAGGAUAAACUACUACUCGAUGUAUACCAUCACACAUUUAACGAUGACAACAUCGAUUACGAUUUGGUAUUAGAAUUGGUUCUUUAUAUUCAUACAAAAAUGCCUCCUGGUUCUAUUUUAAUAUUUCUACCGGGGUACGACGAUAUUGUCACGGUAAAAGAGAAAAUUAAUGGGGACGAUAAAAAGAUGAAUCAAGGUCUGCGCUACAGUUUGUACGUUCUUCACUCGAACAUGCAGACUUGCGAUCAGAAGAAGGUGUUCAAACCCAGUCCUCAAGGCACGCGAAAGAUAAUCCUCUCUACGAACAUAGCGGAGACUAGCAUCACGAUCGACGAUGUUGUGUACGUCAUUGAUUCGGGAAAAGUUAAGGAGAAAUCUUUUGACGCUAUAUCUAAUGUGUGCACAUUGACUUCCAACUGGAUAUCUCAAGCUUGCGCGAAGCAACGGCGAGGUAGAGCUGGUAGAUGUAGAAGAGGAAUCUGCUAUCGUUUAUUCUCCUCGAUUCGAUACGACAACAUGCAAGCUUAUCAGACACCCGAAAUUUUGCGAUUACCGCUACAGGAACUCUGCCUAUAUACAAAGCAUUUAACAUCGGGAAACACACCUAUAGCCGAAUUUUUGGAUAAGGCUCUGGAACCGCCGUCUAACGUAGUGACCAGGAAUGCAGUACAAUUAUUAAAGACAAUAGACGCGUUAGAUCCGUGGGAAGAUCUGACUGAAUUAGGAAGUCAUUUAUUAGAUUUGCCAAUUGAACCAAGACUUGGGAAAAUGUUGUUAUACGCCGUCGUCUUAAAAUGUUUGGAUCCCAUUUUAACAAUUGUUUGUAGUUUAGCGUACAAGGAUCCUUUUAUAUUACCGUCACAACCAUCGCAAAAGAGAGCCUUGACUGCGGCGCGAAAGAAAUUUGCCACCGGUACGUUUUCGGAUCAUAUGGUGGUUCUGCGGGCGUUCCAAGGCUGGCAAAACGCUAGAGCGACCGGCAAGGAACGGGCUUUUUGCGAGAAGAAUUUUAUCUCUGCUCCUGUGAUGGAGAUGGUAGUCGGAAUGCGUACGCAGCUGCUUGGGCAGUUGCGCGCAUCUGGUUUCGUCAGAGCCAGGAGUCCAGGAGACAUUCGGGACUUGAAUUCCAAUUCGGAAAAUUGGGCUGUCGUGAAGGCAGCUCUGACCGCGGGGUUGUAUCCUAACUUAAUUCGAGUUGAUCGAGAACAUAUGCAGUUACGAACACAGAAAGAGGUUAAGGUAUUUUUCCAUCCCUCGUCGACUUUAAGAGAUUAUCCAAAGUCUUCGAGAAUGACGUCUGCACAAAUGCAUGCAACCAAUGUACAAACUUUGCCGUGUGAUUGGCUGCUUUAUGAAGAGAUGAGUCGUACAGGACGUUUCUGUCAUGUGAAAGUCGUUACAGUCGUCAAUCCAUUAACUGUAGCGUUAUUCAGUGGACCAGCUAGAUUACCAAUGGAUGUAAUCUAUGAAGCUGAGGCUGUACCAGAAAGCGAAUCAGAUUCGGAAGUUGAUGAAUCUCAUGAAGGAACACUCUUUAAACUCGACGAUUGGGUGGUAUUCAAGCUCGAUCCUGAAACGGCCCAACUCUUCUUGAAUUUGCGGCAGAAGUGGAACGCUCUAUUUCUUAGGCGCAUGAAGGCGCCAAAUAAGGCAAUGUCGGCAUUAGAUGAGAAAGUCGUUAACACUUUGGUGACAGUCAUCACGAAUGAGGAGCAGGCGUGUGGCCUCCAGCAACCCGCUGGUAUCGGCCAACGUCCGCGUCCAUUAAUCGUUGAUUACUAUCCCGCAAAUGUUAGAAGAGACGAUUACCCGGAAAGGUAUUUCUAAAGCAAGAAGAGGAAGCAUGUAGUCUAUUGUUGUGUACAAUCUGCGGUCUGCGUUUUUUGUUAAUUAUUUCACUAAUCGAUCACUGUACCAUAAUGCUGUAGCUAAUAUGACUUAUUGAUAGCGAAUAUUUAUAACAGGUAUAUGGUAGGAUGAGAUAUAUAUAUGUACGGAUAUUUAUUGAAUGUAUGAGUGUUUCAUAUAAAUAUUAUACAUUCAAAUUUGCAGUAUUGAUGAAGACUGUUAUGAUAUAUAUAAGUUUUUGAAUAAUACUCAUAUAAUAUUUGUGAUCCUCUUUGCAGAGCUUUUGUUAAAGUAGCAUGUAAUUUGUUUAAGUUUUACUAUGGUAUUUCUUGACUUUUUAUCUUAACUCUAACAUAUAAUAUUUUUUUCUUCUUUAGUAGCCAAGUACUGAAGAUUAAAGUAUCAAUAGAUUUGAAAGAUUGAUAUGAUAUCAAUCAUCAUCAAGGUUCAUAUAUAUCUCCGCGAUAGGUCCGUUCCAUCAGAGUAAAUUUUUGCGGACGUAAAAUUAUCGUUUAAUGAUAAUUGUUCGUACUGAAGCAAUCAAAAAUUCGCUUCGAUCUGACUUUUUCUUAAUCCGGAAAUAUGUAAAUAGACCUUUUUAAGCCUGUGCAUUUUACAAAAAUAUGUGAUAUAUUACAUAGGCACUAAAAUUUUAACUUAAUUACCUUUUAUACUAAUGUAUGUUGUAUUACAUAUUCUUUUAAAUCUCUCUCAUACAGCUGGUAUAAAUUAAAUAGGCAGCUAAGUAUCUCUCAUACAGCUAGUAUAAAUUAAGUAGGCAGCUAUGUAGAAAAUACUGAGAGGGAGAGAUUAAUAAUUUGUUGUUACUGUGUGCUGCUUAGCCAUUUUCUUGCAAUAUUCUACAAGAAGUUUUGAUUAUUGUUUAAAGAAUAAAUAGUGAAUUAAUGAUAUUCUUUUUUGCACAUGCAUGAUGAUGUGCAAGCAAAUUUGUGUACACUUACUAUUGGUGACUACUGAAUGUAUGUCUUAUAUUUAAUCAAUAUGGAUAUAACAAAUAUGAACUUUUAAUAUAUAUAUAUUUCUAUGAACGCGUUAUUUACAGAUUAGUAAAUUUUAUUUUGAUUUUGGGAUUUUAAUGUUAUAAUUUUUAACGAUUUUACAUGACUGAGUAAAUGCAAAUCGUAAAGCUGUAGACAAAGCACCACACAGAGCUUUAAGUAAAUUGUAAUACUGGUCAAUGUGAUAAUGAAACUUAUAUAUAAUAAAAGUUAGCGGAAAGAAA